AUGAAAGGUUGGCGUUACGUUACGUCGUUUACGAUUUACUUUAUAGGCACAAAAGUUAUAUUAAAAUAUCACAAAUUGUAGUUUUAAAUAAAUAGAAAUAAAUUUAAAAAUGGCUGACAGUGAUGAUGAGUAUGAUCGGAAAAGACGCGAUAAAUUUCGUGGCGAAAGAGGAACUGCCGAAGGAAGCAGUUAUCGGAGUAGUGAUCGGAGGGAAGAAAGAAGCCGUGGUCGAGAAGAAUGGCCAGAAAGAUCUCGAGGAGGUCGUUCUGGUCCUGACUACAGGGACUACAGGGGCGGAGCCAGUGCCAGUCGUGGGUAUUCUCCUGUGAGAGGAGAAGGACCACCAACCAAGAGGAUUAGACCCGAGUGGCCCAUAGAAGACAGAAGAUAUGGAGGCAUGCCUCAUGACACGUAUGGCUCCUAUGGCUGGGGUCAUGAUCACUUCGGGCCACAUCCAGCACAUCAGGGAUAUGGACAACCUAUGCCACCAGUACCGGCAAGAGAUGCAGUUUUACCAAUGGGGCCUUCGGAUGGUCCUCCCACAAUGAUGUCUUUCAAAGCCUUCCUGGCUGCACAAGACGACUCUAUCACAGUAGAUGAUUCUAUUCAGAAAUAUAAUGAAUACAAAUUGGAGUUCAGAAGACAACAGCUCAAUGAAUUCUUUGUAGCCCAUAAAGAUGAAGAAUGGUUCAAGAUCAAAUAUCAUCCAGAGGAAUCUGUAAAACGUAAAAAUGAGCAGUUGGUGGCACUGAAGAGCAGAUUAAAUGUGUUCCUGGAGUUAUUGGAGCAAGGGGAACUAGACAAGGUGACUGUGGAUGUGGAGAAGUCUGAGAAAUUAGUAAGACUGCUUGACACAGUUGUCAUCAAGUUGGAAGGCGGAACUGACGAAGAUUUGAAGGCUCUUGAUGAACCACAAUCGCAAGAAAACUCUACAACUGCUGAGAAACAACCAGAUAAAAACAAUACAGAAAAACCAGUUGUGAUUGAUGUUGAUGAAGUAAAAGUUAAGGAAGAGAAAGAAAAGCCAGAGGAGGAUAAGGACAAGAAAGCAGAGUCUCCGAAGCCAACUGCACCUCUCACUAUGGAGAUAGACCCGCAUUUGCGACAACUUCAGGAGCAAGCGAAGAUGUUCUCGAGGUUUAAUUCCCAACCUGGCAGUGACAAUGAAGCAGAGAAGCCACCAGAAAAAGAACCUCCUCCACCAGCUGUGUCGUCUUCCAGUUCAUCAUCAUCUAGUUCUUCUUCCUCUAGUUCAGAAGACGAGGGUGAAUCUGCCACUCGGAGGAAAUCCAAAUCCAAGUCAAAGACCCCCGACAAAUCUCCUAAGCAGAAGGAAAAGUCACCAAGUGUGGAAAGAAUAGAAGAGGAACCCAAACCAGCUCAGGAUAAAGAAAAGACGGAAGAAGAAGAAAAAUCAGAAGCCACAAAUGACGUAAUUGUGGAGAAGAAAGAGUCUCGAGCUUUGCACAAAACUACUUCGAUAUUUUUGAGAAAUUUAGCGCCUUCUAUAGCUAAAGCAGAAGUUGAAGCUAUGUGCAAGCGCUACGGCGGGUUCCUGCGCGUGGCGCUGGCGGACCCGCUGCCGGAGCGGCGCUGGUUCCGGCGCGGCUGGGUCACCUUCCGCAGGGAGGUCAACAUCAAGGACAUCUGCUGGAACCUCAACAACAUACGCUUGCGCGAGUGCGAGCUGGGGGCGAUCGUGAACCGCGACCUGCAGCGGCGCAUCCGCGCGGUGUCGGGGCUGACGCUGGAGCGCGGCGUGCUGCGCGCCGACGCGCGCCUCGCCGCGCGCCUCGCGCACCUGCUCGACACGCGCACGCGCCUCUGGCAGCCGCACCACGACGCACACGACGCACACGACGCACACGACGCACACGACGCAGACGAACUCGCCUCGCCCGAUAACUUCAGUCUCAACUCCAAGAAUCCUGUGCUGCAUAAGAUAACGGAACAUCUGAUCGAGGAAGCGUCCACAGAGGAGGAAGAGUUGCUCGGAUUAGAAGCGUCGUCGGAGCCGAGCACGACGGAGCAGCCCGACCCAGAGCUGAUCCGCGUACUGGACCGCCUCGUGCUGUAUCUGCGCAUUGUUCACUCUGUGGAUUAUUAUAACCACUGUGAGUACCCUUACGAGGACGAAAUGCCCAACCGCUGCGGCAUUAUGCACGCGCGCUCCGGACCACCGCCUAACAAGCCAACGCAACAAGAAAUACAAGAUUACAUUAAAGCGUUUGAAAGCAAAAUGUCUUCAUUCCUACAAGACGCUAAACCGUUAUCUGAUGAAGAGUUGCAGAAACUCGGGAUAAAGGAUCCUGAUGCGGAAGUGGAGAAGUUUAUUCAAGCUAACACUCAGGAGUUAUCGAAGGACAAAUGGUUGUGCCCUCUUAGCGGGAAAAAGUUUAAAGGUCCAGAUUUUAUCAGAAAACAUAUAUUCAACAAGCAUGCAGAAAAGGUGGACGAGGUGCGGCGCGAGGUGUCGUACUUCAACGCGUACGUGCGCGACGUGCGCCGCCCGCAGCAGCCCGAGCCGCCCGCGCGCUCGCAGCCCGCCGCACACGCGCACGCGCAUGCGCACGCCGCGCCCGCCACGCCAUACGGCGGAGGUGGCGGUGGGGGCGGCGGCGGCGGGGGCGGCGGCGCGCGCGGCUGGGGCUGGGGCGGCUGGGCCCCGCCCGCGCCCUACGCGCCGCGACAUCCGCGCUUCUCUCGGCCCAGGGGUGAGGCCGCGGAGUUCCGCCCGGUCGUUCACUACCGAGACUUGGACGCGCCGCGCGAACCCGACGACUUCAUAUAACACAAUACAUUGACGAGACACCUUUGUCCCGAAAACCUAUCAGCAGGAAUAAAACACACUAGUGUAGUUCACAGCAAUUAUCGAAUUAUAAAUUUAUCUAAGUAUAAGCGACAUAAUAUCAUAUUUGUCUCAAAUAUUAG